GCCCAAAAUAUUUUCUUUGUAUCGGACACGAUUAAAAUAUCAAAAGUCAUACGAAUGACACAAAGGGAAAGUCUAUUUCUUUUUAGGAGCAUCAGUUUGCAUCGGGAGCACGUUCAUUUUCAUUCUUUUCCCCCCUUCUCUUUUUCUCUUUAGAAUUACGAUACCUCUACAUGGCUUCCAAACGUUCGAGUCUCGGACUUCAUCUUCUCAGCAGCCAAAAAAGGCAAGAACUGAAAGAAAUGUUCACCAGUUUCGAUAAAAAUGGCGAUGGAAAAUUGUCACCGUCCGAACUAGAGAAAAUGCUGCAAUUCACUGGAAUACAGACAAAUGACGUGCCUUCCAUGCUUAAGAACGUCCAUACAGACAGCGAAGGCAACCUAUCGUUUGAGGAGUUUGCGAAACUGAUGCGACCUACAUUGUCCGAUCCGAUACGACUGUCAGCGAAACAACUCGAACUGAAGGAAGCAUUUGACGCUUUUGAUAGAGAUGGUGAUGGAGUGAUUAAUGCGGCUGAACUGAAGCUAAUGAUGCAGGAGUUGGGGGAUCGUAUUACACAAGAGGAGGCUGAGCAGCUUAUCCAUGACGCUGACAAAAAUCACGAUGGAGUUGUGAAUUUCGAAGAAUUUUCGCAAAUGAUGGGCGUCCGCCCGCCCACCACUCCCAUCGAAAAGAAGCAAGAUCGAUGCGAACACCACCAUCAUCAUCGAUACUCAUUCAGGAGAUUCUUCUGUUCUCACAAAUAAAAACAUCACGAAAGAAUAAACAAACAGAUGAACGAGAAAACUCAGACGGUCGGGAAAGAAACAGAAUCCUCGCCAAUCCGUUUUCGCUGCGGGGAAACGUGACUGCUAAGGAGUCAGGCUUUGCGCUCGGGAGACAAUACGAAUGGUCAGCCCUUUGUUUCCAUGGAAAGAACCUUCUGCGGG